AUGCGCCUCUUGGCGGCCGCCAAGCUGCUGAGAACGAACGAGAUCAGGCUGUGGCACGACCAGGUCAUCGCCAAACCGGGCCUGGGUCCCGACGGCCACAGCGAGAAGGCCGGCAACAUCGGUUGGCAUCAGGACUAUGGGUUCUGGCAAGUCUCCAACAGCUCGUCGAUGAUCACCGCUUGGAUCGCCCUGCAGGACACCGACCUGUCCAAUGGCGGUCUGCGUACGAUCACGGGCUCACACAAGUGGGGCUUGCUGCCGGACUCGGCCACCUUCUUCGAGAAAGACCUCGACUCCCUCCAAGCCAAGUUCUCCGCCUUCGGCGACCAGUGGAGCGAUGAGCCCUCCAUCAUGAAGGCCGGACAGGUGGCAUUCCAUCACGCCUUGACCAUCCACGGCUCAGGACCCAACACGACGCACCAGACGCGCUACGCCAUUGCGGUGCACAUGCAAUCGGAGCAUGUGGGCUUUCAGUCGGGGCGUGGCUGGCACUCCAACGUGCGCGACUUGGGACCCAACCUCCAGGAGGGCGACUUGUUUGUCGGCCCGGCUUUCCCGGUAUUGUGGCGCCGAAGCUGA